AUGGCCUUGUGCAUGCGCCUGUGUUUGAAUUGCGCCCGGAGCGCUGACUCUCGCUGCGUCUCAUUCGUGCUGAUUGCGAUUCUGGCAGUGCUGAGCAAUGUCGGCUCUAUGGCCAAGGCUACGACGGCCGAAACACCAGCUUUGAUCACCGCGCCUUCCACCAACGCGACGUGGCAGUAUGGACCAAUUGGCAAUGCGGAAAAUGAUCAAGCAUCGACCAGCUCGGCCGACCCAAGCUCGGCCGACCCAGGCUCGCCCUCGGAUUCCGAGGGCUUUGCCACAACCAACACAGCAUCGCCCCCUUUGGAUACAGCAUCAAUCACCUCUACCCCUGUUCACCUCACUUCGAGUAUGGAUUCCACCGGUGCGGGUGGCCCUCUACCACCCCAAGCCACCUCCGCAAUCGUGACGGAAGGUACGAGCAGUGUGCAAGCAACAGCCGACGGCGACACCACCGACACAGCCUUUCUGGCGUCCACAGCGGGCGUCGUCACUGCCGGCUUUGCCUCCACUACAGCCAGGCCAAGCAAUCGCCCGCAACGCGGCUUGAUCUGGCUCUUUGCCGGCUUGGUGGUGCUCUUUGCUCUUGGCGCCCUGCUCCUCUGCUUUCUGGGUUGCUUGGCCUGCCUAAAAAAGCAACGCCAGCAUCCUGUGGCCUCAAAUGCAUACACUAGUUCAACAGCCACCGCUCGAGCCAAAAGCCGAGCGGCUCACGGCCAUACGCACAUCUAUGAAACUAUCGAUCCAGCCCAAGACCUAGACGCACCAGAGCUGGAAUUUGAACCAAGCAGCGAAGCCUUCAUGCUUCAAGGUCAACAUGCCAUCUAUUCGACACCUCAUCGCCGGCAUGCUAGCCACGAGUUCAUCCAACCACCCGUCGAAUUGUACGGCAUGGCUCAACCCUACCAAGCUCCCCUCGGAGGGUCGAUGCAGACUUAUGUUUCGUCAGAUCAUGGCAGCGUCUAUGGAUCCCUUGCGGGUAGCCCCGGCCACGCAUCUCAUUGGGAAUCACAUCAGCAAGGCGAACGCUCAUCUCUUUACUCCGUCACUCCCUCCUUGACGAAUUCUUCGCUGAGCCUGAACAGUUGGCAUCAACAGACGGGAUACGUCCCAGGACCGGCACCAAUCCCUCCUCAAUCACACUUGACUCAGACUAUUCAAACACCAUUCCGCUACGCGGCAGAGCACGCCUAUGCACCUCCACCUGUCGAUGCUCAGGUUUUGCCGGCGCACCGACGGUAUCCAGAUGAAAUGUACAACCCUCAAGAUCAAGCCAACUACGCCCCAAGUCUUCAUGUUCUUCCCCAUGCCCACACCCCUGUCCGCUAUCGUCGAGUGCAGCGCUAUCCAGACAGCAUGGCUCUGUACGAUGCCCAGUCUGCCGCUCAGCCGGUGCAACCAAGCGACGAGUGGAACACGCCGUGGCAUCAGGACACUGACUUGAUGCAUGAACCUGGGCCAUGUGAAACAGUCAGCGAGCCCUUGCAUGUGGCAGAGCCCUCAUACCUGCCAGCUUUGCAUAUGGACAACAUCUCUCAAGGGCACGAUCAAGCGGAUCCAGAGGGAUCUCAGCUCUUAGCGCCCAUGUAUGUUGAUUCCAUCCCGGAGGAAGCUCGGGUGCUCAGCUUUGUCCCGCCGCCCCGAAAAGCGACAGAAAGGCUUGCUGCUCCACCAGAGGCAUACCUGAAGCGUGUCCAUCGAAAUGACGGCCACACGUACUCGGUGGAAGAGCAAUCCAUUAUUUAG